GAUUAUGGUCUCCCCUGUCAAAUUCAAACGCACCAAUAUUAUUCUCAUCCAACUGGUUCAGAAACAUCAUGGGAUGAGAAUAAUACCCUGCUGCAGCAGCCAUUGCAGGAGAAGAAAACUGAUGCUGCAUCUGCUGAAAACCUGAAGAAGGCAUCAGCAUCCCCUGAUGAUGACCUCUGUUCGUCACAGGUUCCUGCCGCACUGGCAUGGGCAGCGACUGCAUCGUUACAGGGACAUCGUUGCUCUGCUGGUACUGCUGCAUCAGGCUGAAGUUCAUUCCUUUGUCCGGACUGAAUUCCUGCAUCAAUUGGGGACUGUACGGAGAGAAUUCUCCAACUCCAGGAGCAAAGUAAUUGAACCUGUCAGGAAUGAAGAAGGAAGAAUUGGUUGAGUACAGUUUGUCCGAGUAGCCAUUAGCCAUAGCCGAGCUCUGCCACUGCGACGGUGAUGGAAGCGGAUGGGAGUUGAAAUCGGAGCAAAUUAGUGAUUUUGACGGGUACCCUUGAUCGAGCUCCCUCUCAGUUACAGGACACCCCUCCUGAAUCGCUGAAUUAUGGAAAUUUAUCGGCACUGGAGGAACCAGACCUGUAAUAGCCCUUUCGGCGGCUGUCAAGGCCGUGAUCCUCUCAUCGGCAAGCUUCAGCUUCGAAUCGAGCUGAACGAGAACGACUCCAAGCUGAUCCACGGAAAAAUUGUCCAGCCUUUUAUCCCAACUAGGGAAUUUCAACUUAUAAAUCUGCUUCCUCACCUUCGACAGCUCGACAUCCACCCUUUUCUUCUUCUCUGUGAAGUAAUCGGUGACGGUGAAGCACUUGCUGGGCUUGUCGGAGCUUCUGUACUGCUGGAUCAGCUCCUCCACGGUACAGGACUGCGGAGCCCAUGUUUCGAGCUCCUCCCCGCCUUUGGCACCGUUGUUGCCGGAGAAGAUGAUAAGGCAAGCCUUGACGUCGCAGAGUAUGCAGAACUCGUUGAUCUUCUUCAGCAGACUCGCCUUCCUUUUCUUGUAAGUCAGCAGCCGGCUCCUCUCGUUCUUUAUCAGCUCAAUCUUCACCCUUUUGGCCCCCAUUAUGGAUUGAUUCUUCUGCGUCAGAAACAGGAAUUGUUUUCAAAAUUGGGUAAGAAACGAAUUCGCCAAAGGGAAGGUCUCAAGCUCUUACCUUUUGGAGCAGUAAACAGAGCACUCCAACGAUGGAAGUUCUUGCAAGUUCUCGUGGUAAGAACGAACCUUAAUGGAAAAUGAGCAGUGAAUUUAUUAGUUUUGUCGGUUCUUAAUAAGGAAAAAUCCAGGAGUGGGAUUUCAUUUCACCAAUGGCCGCUAUUAAUGAAGGGACUAAUUUCUUGGGGGCUUUUUCUUGGAAGGAAAUAAAUCCUUACGUUGAUGGU